CAAUCUACAUAAUCAUGUCUGGGCCAAUAACUUCCCAGCAAAAUGCCAAGUGUCUUUCAAGAAUGAGAUAAGUAGAAAGAAAUGUCAAAUGUGAUGAGAAAAAAGAGAACUGUUUCUCACUUCCAUUAUUAUUGUUUCUGAACUCAAAGAAAAUGUCAGCAACAGCCUUCUAUUGUUGUUUCUCUUCAUGCUCCUCAGACCACCUAUCCAACAACAACAAUAACAAUAACCUCUUAUCCUCAAAACCCAAAACUCUCCUCCACAAACACCCACUCUACCAACCAACCCACAAGAACAUCUCCCACCAGUUCAAGGAGAAAAUCCUGUCCCUAGAAAUCAUGGGUGUUGAUUCUGGGAGAGCCCUCUCCCAGAACCCCUCUCUCCACACAGCCCCCCUUCACUCCAUCCACUCCAUCAUCACUUUCUUGCAGUCCAAAGGCAUCCACCAGAAAGACCUGGGGAGAAUCAUAGGAAUGUGCCCCAACAUCCUAACCUCAGACAUCAAAUCUCACCUUAUCCCUGUCUUCACUUUCCUCUCCUCAGACCUUAAUGUCCCAGACAAUGACUUCAGGAAAGUGAUCAACAAAUGCCCAAGAUUGCUCAUUUCCAGUGUCCCAGACCAGCUCAAACCUGCCUUGUUCUAUCUCCAGAGACUUGGGUUCAGAGAUCUGCAUUCCCUGGCUUAUCAAGACCCCAUUCUCUUGGUUUCCAGCGUGGAGAACACACUGAUUCCUAAGCUCAACUAUCUGGUCAGCUUGGGGUUUUCAAGAACUGAUGCUGUGGGGAUGGUUUUGAGGUGCCCGGGGCUGUUCACUUUCAGCAUUGACAACAAUUUCAAGCCCAAAUUUCACUACUUUGCCAAUGAAAUGGAGGGGAAGUUGGAAGAGUUGAAAGAGUUUCCUCAGUACUUCAGUUUCAGCUUGGAGAAUCGGAUUAAACCCAGGCAUAUGGAGGCUGUGAGAAGGGGUGUUCAUCUUCCUUUGCCCUUCUUGCUCAAGACUAGUGAUGAAGAGUUCUGGGAAUUGAUAAAGCUGCAAGGUGAUGGACGAAGACGAACACGAUAGUUUCAACUGAUCUAAAUGCCCAAAUCUCUGUAUAAAUCCCUGCUUUUGCUACAACAAUGUAAUGUGAUCAACAGUAAAGCUAUAUUUUUUCAUCAUUGGGAAUUGCAGAUAGAUAGGUGGAAAUUGCAUUUUAAGGUUUCCAAUUUCAGUUGAAUAAAUCACUUUGUUCUCAUUU